AAAGUUUGAUACAUAUACAAUUUCUUGGACUCUUCUUCUCUCUACCCAAUACUCUGCCAUGUACCCUGGGCAAAAACCCCUGUUUGACCACACCUUGCAUAUAUAAGCUUGUAUAUCUUGUGAAUUUAUCAUGUAUGUAUGUCUGUAUGUUAGAUGGUUUUACCUGGGUUUGCGUUACAUUUGCAACCGCUCUUGAUGCAACCUCUUCUGGGAUUUUUGGAUAAUAUUUGCCGGAAUCAUGCAUUUCUGCCACUGGAAGUAUCCAAGAAUGAUCGGAAUCUGGCCCCACGUUUGGAUCUUUUCGGAAAAAUAGAAAGAUUUUCUCAUUAUGUUGCUAGGCAAAUGGGAUUUGAAGAUGAAAGUGAAUGUCCCCAAUUAACAAAAUUGGCAUAUGAGUACUUGAAGAAAUCCCAAGGAUGUGAUGACAAAAUUUAUGAAUAUUUGGCUAAUGAACCAAAUGCUGAUGCUUUGUAUGUGAAGUUAGUGGAUGAAUUAGAGAGAUGCAUUCUUGGGUAUUUUGCAUUUCACUGGAGUCAAGCUCCUCUCAUCAUAAGUCAGGUACUGAGUGUUAAUUCUCAUCAGAAAAAGCUCAAGGAAUUUGUGAUGGCAGUUACAAGGAAGCAGAGAUUUGAAAAGAUAACUAGGGAUCUGAAAGUGACAAGAGUGUUCUCUACGCUAGUGGAGGAGAUGAAAGCAAUCGGUAUAAUUUCGAAUGGAGUACUAAAUAAUUCCAAUGUAAUGGUGCCAGCAGUUCACAGCCAGAGAUGUCCAGUGCUUCUCCUUAUGGGCGGUGGAAUGGGAGCCGGCAAGAGCACUGCCCUCAAAGACAUUAUGAAAGGCUCAUUUUGGUCAGGAGCAGCAGCAGAUGCUGUGAUAGUUGAAGCGGACGCUUUCAAGGAAACAGAUGUCAUUUACAGAGCUCUUAGUUCUAGUGGUCAUCACCAAGACAUGCUUCAAACUGCUGAAUUGGUGCACCAAUCAUCCAUCGAUGCUGCAUCAUCGCUCCUAGUAACAGCACUUAAUGAGGGACGUGAUGUUAUCAUGGAUGGUACCCUAUCUUGGGAGCCCUUUGUUGAGCAGACAAUUACCAUGGCAAGAAAUGUACACAAACAUCGUUACCGCAUGGGAGAUGGCUACAAGGUGGCAGAGGAUGGUACUAUCACUGAAAAUUACUGGGUUCAGGUAGAAGACGAAGGAGAAGAAACUAUGAUAAAAAAACCUUACCGGAUAGAGUUGGUUGGAGUUGUUUGUGAUGCCUAUCUGGCUGUUGUUAGAGGUAUCAGGAGGGCAAUACAUAUGGGAAGGGCAGUUAGGGUAAAGUCACAAUUGAAUUCCCACAAGAGAUUUGCAAAUGCAUUUCAAAGAUACUCUCAGCUUGUAGAUAAUGCGAGGUUGUAUUGCACAAAUGCUCCUGGAGGUCCACCAAGGCUGAUAGCAUGGAAAGAUGGAGACAGCAAUUUAUUAGUUGAUCCCGAUGAAAUCAAAUGUUUGACUUCAGUAUGCAAUUUGAACGAAGAAGCAGAGUCCAUUUAUGAGCUCUACAGAGAGCAUGACCAAAUAACUGAACCUGGUUCGGUUUGGAAAGAAAUGGUUUUGUUGCCUACAAGAGCAAGUCUUCAACAAGAACUGAAAACUGUUGUACAGAAAAUCGAAAUUUCGGUGGAUAAGAUGGUUAACUUAAAAUCUUUGUGAUGUAUAUUUUGGAAUCAGAAAUGUUCACACUAAUAGGGAUCAGCAAUUGUAAAUAAUUGUUCGGACGGAUUAAACUUGUGUGAACGCCCAUCUACUUUUUCUUAUUGGCUUGAUUCAGGACUCUUUGUUGAAUAACAGUUCCAAAGAAAUUAAGCAAUUUUUUUUUCCUUGCCAAUUAAGUUCUGUA